AUGUAUCUGUCCAAUACGUUCCUAUCGGCUUUAUCGCUGCCACUUCUCCUUCUGUCUCCGGCUGGUUGGGCAGCUCCGCUUGAGAACGAUUUGGACCAGACAGCCUUGGGACAACCACCGCAGCUCCACGUCCAGACGGAGGCAGUGCUCGACCGCCCGUCAACUGUGGAGAAGCCUUCUCCCUUCUCCCACCUCAUUCUUCCCACCCACCUGCGCCCUACCCGCUACGAGUCGACAGUCCUGGGAAGACGCCUCCUCGCUCUGUCGAAAACAGGAGUCUUGACCACCGUGUUCCCCGAGAACGUCACCUCGGAACGAAUCCCUUCAGAUGUGGCACAAACCCCCAUCGGUCUACCAGAGUACAUCGCCUCAUGUGAGGAGCCGAGCGGCAAUCCAACAGUGCUGUCUUUGACGAUUUCCACCUCGACGCUGAACGCUAAAGCCGGUUCCAACGUCUCGCUGUCACUAUCAUGGUGGGAUGAGUAUGUUCAUUUGACGCACCACCAGCCCUGGUCUGCGGCCAAUCUGCCACGCCUAAGUCUUGUCGGCUACCUGGAAGAGAUCUCGCAACAGGAGGCCAAGAAGAAGGACAUCCCGAGCUGCUUCACCCGGCUCCAUGGCGACAGUGUCAUGUGGCUGCCGGGAAAGAAAUGGGCUGCGCAUGAAGGCCUGUGGACCAGAAUCGUCGUCAAAGAGGUAUAUUGGAUUGGUGGCUUCGGUGAUAGAAACUAUAUCGGAUGGUUCGAUCCCGAUGAAUGGCAUGCUGUCACCACUGAGGAGUGGCAGAGUGUGAAGCUGCCUGGUGAGAAAUGA